CUUUCACCUUUCGUUAGCCGGGACCCUUGUGAGGAUACGCGCCUUGGGAAAUGUGGUGACGUCACGUGUUGACAGUCGGAACCCGGAACCCGGAAGUGUAGCCUGGCGAGGCUGCCAGGGCACCAUGUAGCCUUUCACACGCGCUCGCUCCCCACGGAGGAGAACAUGUCACUUUAUUUCGUCCUCGUCUUCGCCUUUGCAAAGGCAACAUUUGGAGACGACGGGGAGGUGACGUUCGUAUCAGAACUCUCGUCCAAGGCGGCUCAGAAGUUGUCCAAGUACGGUUGGUAUGGAAACGCGAGGCUGCAAAGGUUUCACAUCCCGGAGGAGACGGCCGUGGCCCGCUGGAUCUUCACCGUAACCAAGGGCCACAGCUUUGACUGCGCAGAGCGUAACGUCACCAUCCACGUCCGGCAGAGCGCCCCUCCAGUCGUAAACCCGACCGGCACGGCGUUUCCAAACGUGACGCUCUGGAGGCCCCCCCACUCUCUGAUUCUGCCCGUGACCUCGCUCAGCGUGGCGACCUUCAACGUCUCCGACCCGGCCCCCGGCGACUGGUUUGUUGCCGCCCACCUGCCUGAAGAUGACGGCCGGAUCGAGCAGAAGGGUUUCCCAUCGUGUUCCUACUUUUUCCAGCCUCAGCUGUCGGUCAGGAGGGCGAUCGACACCCCCGUUCUGCAAACGGGGGCGUCCCUCCGACAGACGGCUCGCUCGGACGAGCCCGCGCGCCUCAAGUUGUACGUCCCGCAGUUUGCCUCGUCGCUUUCCGUGUCUGUGGCCGAUUGUUCCUCCGCAGAGGUCGCAGGGAGCGCGUCGUGUUCUCUGGUCCUCAGCCUGGGCUCAGACUCUCUGCUGGACGGUCCAGUCAGAGUGAAAUGCUCGGGGACCCUUUGCUCCGCGUCCGUCGCCGACCCGCCGUGGGACACUUGGUUACGUGUUGUCGUGGAGAGCAGCGAAGACAACCGAACGGUGACGUUCAGCAUCGCGUCCAACUACACCGAGGGGUGCAAGCCAAAGAGCGAAGGUCUCGCAGCCGAUAACGUCAGCGGUCUCCAUAGCAACAGCAGCAACACCAAGGGCUCCGCCGCGACGGAGGUCGAAUCGGCUUCGGCGUGCGUCGGGAGCGUCCCGGUUGGCUGCGAGGAGGACGAUUUUCUCUCGCUCCGAUGCACUCCGGUCAACGGACCCGGCGUCGGCGUCAGGAGGACCCGGCCCGCCCUCCUGACGUACCCGCUGCCCGCCCAGGCCACCGGCGCCACGCUCAACCUGCAGCUCACGCUCAACACUACCAACGUAACGCCGGGGAACAGCAGCAGCGCAGUGGCGGCGUGCCUCUCCCCGCGAGCGCCGAUCCUCAGACUCGGCGCCGACGUCACGUGCCGCACGGCUUUUUUUGAAGGUUACGGCGUGAAGGUGAACAGCAGUUUUCCCAAAUCUGCGCUCCGGCUGCCCUUCCCCGCCUCCACCAUGUGGUACCUCACUCUGCAGCUCACGUGCGACGGCAGCGACUGCGGCAGUGAGUCAGCGGUGUGGGUGGAACCGGAGCUUUUCGUCAGCGCCUGCGUCGACGACUGUGGCGCGUUUGGGGAAUGUCGACUGCUCAGGUCCUACAACUACCUGUACGGCGCCUGUGCGUGCAAAGCCGGUUGGAGGGGUUGGGCCUGCACGGACGGUUCGGCGGCUCAGUCGCCGGCCCGCCAGCUGGCGGCCACGCUGCUGCUGACGCUCAGCAACGCGGCCUUCCUCCCGGCGGUCGCGGUGGCCGUCAAACGCGGCUACGUCGCGGAGGCGUGCGUUUACCUCUUCACCAUGUUCUUUUCCACGUUCUACCACGCCUGUGACCAGCCGGGCAUUGCCGUCCUGUGCAUCAUGAGCUACGACGCCCUCCAGUACUGCGACUUCCUGGGCUCCGUUUGUUCCGUAUGGGUCACCGUUUUGUGCAUGGCUUGCCUCAGGAACACCGUGAAAUAUACUUUGUUCGUGCUGGGGACUCUGCUGAUCGCCAUGUCGCUGCAGCUGGACCGCAAAGGUCUGUGGAACCUGCUGGCCCCCAUCCUCGCUGCCGUCGUCUUAUUGCUGGCCGUUUGGGCGUACCGAGGAAUCAGGCGUCGCCGUUGUUACUUCCCGCCCUGGCAGAGGUGGGUCUUCUACCUCAUCCCCGGAGGACUCUGCGCCCUCGUCGGGGUCUGCUUGUACGUUUUUGCGGAGACGGAGGACAACUACUUGUACACGCAUUCGAUUUGGCACAUCCUGGUGGCCACCUGCGUGGUGUUCCUGCUGCCGCCCCGCGAAAGGAGCCUGGCCGCCCAAGGUUGGCGGCCCGACUGGAAUUGGAUGCGGCGCUGCGUUUGUAGGACGACGCUGUGCCCGAGCAGCAAAGACGAACUCUACACUGUCACGUGAUGACGCCGGCGAGCUGGCGCACAGGUCGACGCUCAUUUCAUUUUUCAGACCUCCUCGAUCGUCACGUGGUCCUUCUCACCUGAGCCUCAACGAUGCCUGCUGUCUUUAAAAAAAAAAUCGUUAACUACUGUCCUCACAUUUUGCAAAGCUCUUGAAAAUUCCAUUUACACAUUUCACGACCUCCCGAUCCUUUGAAGCAGUUUAGCUACAAAAGAUGUGUCCAGGGAGCCCGACCGGAGGUUUGUACAUACGCUAUCGUCGAUGAUACACGCUAUGCUCCAAAUAUUUCUAAAUGCUGUUUGUCACUUUCGAGUACCGUGAAGGUCGAUGCGGCCUGCGGUUCAGGGUGCAGUCUUGCUUCUGCCGGGAGGAAGUCGGGCGGUUCCGGCUCCUCCCGAUCCCGAACGGGACGGGCCCUUUGGAAAAUGGAGGAAGUCGUCUAGCCAGUUUGUGACGUUCACAAGUGAGCUGAAUGAUAGCGUUCCUGCCUUGUGUGUUCGUGCCGUUCUCAUGCUGAAGCACUUUUAUGAUUUAUGGGAGUUUGGGUGGUUUGUCUGUUUUUAAAUGGGAACUGGAAUGUAUGCGUGCCUCCCUUUUUUUGUUUCUUUGUCUUGCCUCAAUUAUACCAGAUUUAAUGCACUCCAUAUUUUGGCGAGUUUCAACAUCUUCAUUUUUUUCCUCACCUUGCAUACAGCAGACGUGUCAAGUUAAUUUUUGCCGCGGGCCGCCUUCUAGUUUCCCGCAGAGGGCUGUUAUAACUGAAAGCAUGGAAAUGCCUCAUUAUGUUAUUACAUAUACGCAAAAGAAGUGGAUAACUACUUUUGAGAUCGGAAGUCAGCCAUAGUUGGUGUAAUCGUUGUUCCAGUUACUGUAAAAUGAGCUCGGAUGACAAAAAGCAUCGCAACGUUAGUGUUGAUUACAUAUAAGAAUUUAAAAUGAGAUUUUAGCAAGAAUCGCGGCCAUUGAAAGACCUGAUUUGUUUUUUGCGGAACCCGCGUGGCCCCCGCCCUUUGUGUUUGACACCCGUGCCUGCGCCUGUCUGACCAACGGGUCGCUACCUCCCUCCGCGGUUGCUAAAUGAAUGUUUGACAGACUCAAAAGCAAAUCUCUGAAGAGCAAUGUCCUUUUUUCUAUUGUUUUGUUGAUACAUAUAAACUAAAAUUUGUAACAAAUUUUGUGCGUAGGGGAUUUGCAUUUCAUGUGCCGCGGUGGUUGUUUUUUUUUUUUAAUUCUUGAACACGCACAUUCAUGUGUCGAAACGGGAAAUAGAAGAUUAUCCUAAUCCUUCGAAGUGUAUCGACUCAGCCCGAGGGCGAGCAGUUGCUGGAGUCCAUUAGUAAAAUUGAUCCCGUCGUCAGCUCUGCAAAGCCGAGUGCAAAACGUCAUCGACGGAACGCUUUGCUGCUGUUGUCGUCGGUUGAAAGGGUGCACAAAGGGCGUCGCUCACUUUCCGACGCCAGACACACGCAGCCAUUUAAAUGUAUUUAUUUAUUUUAUUUUUUUUUUGCCAUGAAUAGAAUCGAUCGAUCUGUGAUCAAACUGUUCAUUUUGAUGGGAAAGAUUGGGCGCGUAUUAAA